AUGGAGAAUGACGGAAUCAUGUGCUUGAAGAAACUCUUUCAUACUUCCAUUGUGGUGCUACUUUUUCUACAAUGUUUCAACCCUUCCCUAUCCUCUGGAUUCUAUAAUGUUUCUGCCGAUUUCAGAGCAAUUAGCCAUCGGGUGGUGACGAGGUGCAUAGAGAGUGAAAGGGAAGCACUCAUUGCUUUCAAACAAGGCCUGGUGGAUGACUAUGAUCUCCUCUCCUCGUGGGGAAGAGAAGAACACAAGCAAGAUUGUUGCCAAUGGCUUGGCGUCCACUGCAGCAAUCGAACCAACCAUGUUACUCAACUUCAUCUUGGAUGGUCUUAUUUGGAUCAAGCUUACGCACUUCAACAGAAAGGACGCCCACAGAAUACCUAUUAUUAUUUGCAAGGUAAGAUGAUGAGUCCUAAACUGAUUAAGUUGAAGCAUUUGAAAUAUUUGGACCUUUCACAGAUUAACUUCAAUGGAAGCCAAGUUCCAGAUUUCAUUGGGUCUCUUUCCAACUUAAGGCACCUCGAUCUCUCUUAUGCUUCUUUUGGUGGUCAAUUUCCAAGUCAAGUUGGAAACCUUACCCACUUGCAACAUCUUGAUCUCAGCUUCAAUCACUUUGCUAAUGUAGAAGAUCUGAAUUCAUGGAUGCCUCAUCUUUCUGCUUUAACAUAUUUGGACCUGAGUGGAAGCAAUCUCAGUAAUGUUCGUGACUGGAUGGAAGCAGUUAAUAAGCUCCCCAAACUUACAAACUUGUCUUUGUCUGAUUGCAGUCUUCCUUUUCCUCUAACUCAUUCCAGUACUCCUUUUAACAAAAAUUCUUCUAGAUCUCUUGCUCAUGUUGACCUCAGUUCCAACCAACUCACUUCUUCCAUACUUCUUUGGUUAUCCAAAUACAAUGCCAGCCUUGUUUCUCUUGACCUCUCUUACAACCCAAUUAAAGGAGGGAUUCCGCAAUCUUUUUCCGGGUUAUGUAAUCUGCAAGAAUUGGGCCUUAUAAACAACACUCUGAGUGGACAACUUUCCUGGUUGGUUCAAAUAUUAAUGUCUGCAUGCCCUGAUCAGAACGCAUUAAAGACUCUGUACCUCUCAUCCAAUCAUCUUUCUGGAUCAAUUCCUAAUCUCACAAACUUUUCAUCAUUGCAAGAAUUAUCUCUCUAUGGCAAUCAAUUGAGUGGAACAGUACCUGAAAGCAUUGGGCAUAUGUCUAGACUCGAGAUUAUCAACCUUGAAUUACACUAUCAGUAAUUUGUAAGAAAAUGGUCGUCUUCAAUGAAAUGCUUGCCUUGACA